CGAUCAUUGAAGUAAAUAAUAAUUAUAUUUUAUGGUGCUAUCUAGCAUCUAUCUAUUUAUUCAUGUAUGUAUCUAUUUGUGUAAAAUCGAUAGAACGUGUAUGAUCUGAGUGUGUCUGACUACAAGUUCACCUCCGUGGAGGUUCCACUUCCAUCUCCCCACACCAAAGCCUAAAAUGUGCCUCGGAAAAAUGAACUCAUGCUACCUGACAUCUGGCAUCGAUCAAUUUGUGGCUCCAGCUCGUCGUUAUUUCAUCAUGUAGAAUACACUUUGUUUUGACAUUUUAAUUUGAUGGUGUGUGAGGUGCAUUUUUAUUCCUAAUGACAAAUCUGUGCGUUGGCUCUGUAAAAUCUGAGACACGGCUCGAGAAUCAGAGCCUCGCCCGGAACUGGAUGCAAUACUGCCUGUGUACAGCAGAGGGCAGCAGCAACUGCCAUUUCUAUACACCGUUAGAGUUGUGAAAUAACUCGCACGGCUUUUUCAUGAACUCUUAUUAAGAAAUGUUUUAAAACCCACAACAUCGUGUCACAUUCAAAAAUUGCACGAUAGACCUGGAAUUAAAAAAAAAAAAUUGAUCACUGUUCACCUUCAAAUCCAGCCUGAAUCACAUCAUCUGGCGUUUGCAUGAUUUAAAAUAAAACAAACGUUAAUGAAUGAAGGGAGACAGAAGAGAGCAGCAAUCCGGCGGAGUGAGAAGAGAGGUGGAAGAGAAAAAAUAGAGGGGGAGCAGUCGGCGUACGAGCGCCUCUUAAAGGGGGAGAGACCCCUGGGUCUGACGUGUGGCGAGGCUGCUGCUAUAAAAUCAUUCACGUCGUCACCGAGCUCAGAUGACUCUCGACACCAGUGAGCGGGCAAGGCUGUCCCCUCUCACGGGACACACACCACCCCACCACAUGUAAAACAGUACGCGCGCGCGCACCCAAGCGCGCGUCAUGCGUCCUGAGAGUAACUCGCCACCUCGGCUGGAGCGCGCCAGGACGCACGCGAUGAGCACCGGUGCCGGUACCGGCAGUGGCUGAGGGACAGCCGGCUUCGCAACCCUGACACCUUCCCUGGCUGGCUGCAUGCCCUCCCCGCGCCGAGCCGGGAAAGUUGCGCUCAAAGUAUGGAUUACCUUCCGGACACAGGUAACAGUAGCAACGCCGCCUUUGGGUACUCGCCCGGGGUGGAGGUGGUGGCGGACUGGCUGGGCUCCAACAACAACAACAACAACAACACCACCACCUCCGACUCCUUCCCGUACGCGCAACUGGUCUACCAGCUCGUCACCUCGCUGCUGCUGGGCGCGCUCAUCCUAUGUUCCAUAUUCGGUAACGCGUGCGUGGUGGCGGCGAUCGCCCUGGAGAGGUCCCUACAGAACGUGGCCAACUAUUUAAUCGGAUCCCUGGCCGUGACGGACCUCAUGGUAUCGGUGCUGGUGCUGCCUAUGGCGGCCCUGUACCAGGUGUUGAACAAGUGGACCCUGGGCCAGGAGAUUUGUGACUUGUUCAUCUCUCUGGACGUCUUGUGCUGCACGUCGUCCAUCCUGCACCUCUGCGCCAUUGCCCUGGACCGCUACUGGGCCAUCACGGACCCAGUAGACUACGUCAACAAGCGCACCCCGAGGAGAGCCGCGUUCCUCAUCAGCGUCACCUGGCUGGUGGGCUUCUCCAUUUCCAUCCCGCCCAUGUUGGGCUGGAGGAGCGCCGAGGACCGAGCGGACCCGGACGCCUGCAUCAUCAGCCAGGACCCGGGCUACACCAUUUACUCCACCUUCGGGGCGUUCUACAUCCCCCUCGUCCUCAUGCUGGUCCUGUACGGGCGCAUCUUCAAGGCCGCUCGCUUCCGGAUCCGAAAGACGGUGAAGAAGACGGAAAAGGUCAAAAGCGAGCGCUGCUUGACUUUGUCCCCCGCGGUGCUCCACAAAAAAAGCAACGGGGAGGCGGGCGGCGGGAGGCCGUGCUUCAACGGCGCCAUACAGUUCGGCGACGAGGCCGAGUCCCUGGAGGUGAUGGAGGUGAGCGGCUCCAAAAGCCACCUGGCCCUGCCCAACACCCCGCAGUCGUCAUCGCACGAAAAUCUCAGCGAGCGGAACUGCGGCGCCAAACGCAAAUUGGCGCUGGCCCGAGAGCGCAAGACGGUGAAGACGCUGGGCAUCAUCAUGGGCACGUUCAUCUUUUGCUGGCUGCCCUUCUUCAUCGUGGCCCUGGUGCUUCCCUUCUGCGCCGAGAGCUGCUACAUGCCCGAGUGGCUGGGUGCCGUCAUCAACUGGCUGGGCUACUCCAACUCGCUGCUCAACCCAAUCAUCUACGCCUACUUCAACAAGGACUUCCAAAGUGCUUUCAAGAAGAUAGUCAAGUGCAAAUUCCACAGGCCGUAAACCGAGCCACUCCAUUAGGUACACCUACCGCACCGUCCACCGGCGUCCAAAUGCAAGAGCUGCAUCGGAAUCACUUUGGUUUUUUUGCUAUGAACCAUGUCCAUUACUGUGGUUGUAGUUUGCAGUGCAUCACAGUGCGUGCGUAAAACAAGCAGACAAAACACCAGCUAGCUGCUUAGCUUCUUCCAUUAGCAUCAAAGCUGACACAAAACUGUAAAUCUUUUUUUUUUUCACCCUUCAGAUGUAAUGUUGAACUAGAGUACAAAAAGGACUGACACUGUCAGGUUUAAUUUCUGGACUUUUAAAAAUAAUUCCCGUGAGUUCUUUACUGAUCUUUCACUAUUUAUGUCAUGUGGUGAUCAUAUUUGUUUUAUAUUGUUUGUAUAUAAUUCUGUUAGAUAUGUGUUCAUUUCAGCAACUACUUUCGAUUUUUUUUUUUUAAUGGUUGCAUUUUUUUUAUUUAGGUCUAAUUUUAUUCAUUUAAUACAUUUGCUCUGGAUUUUUUAAAAUAUUAAAUUAAUCCUUUUUUCUUGCAAUUAAAUAUGAUAUUACAUGUAUUAAUUUAUAAUUUAUUUAUUUUUAUAUAUUUUAAUAACAACAAUUGUUACAUACCUCUCUUUUUACAGGCAGAUGCUUUUUUUUUGCAGCUCUUGACUUCGUGCAGGUGUACCUAAUGAAGUGUGCCAUGAGAACGCAGGGAAGGACUCUCACGUUCAGCAACAUUCUGGGGGAGUUUCUCAAAGGACAAGAGGACAUGUUUACAGACAGUACAGAGAGCAAAAAAAAAAAAAAACGUUUGUGAAAAUAGCAAUUCAAAUACACAGACUUCAAUUCAGGCUCAGUCUUUGUGUGUCACAAAGCCUCAGACAAAAAAAACAAAAAACAAAACGAGGACUCUUCAUACGUGUUGGUCGAUUCAGCGUUGUGUUUGUUGCCUGUAUGCAAUGACGCCCUCAGCGUUGCCAAGUGCUCUCCAUCCAUGCAUUUCUGUCAUGCAGGUCAACAUCACAAGCUUUGUAGCACUGAAACAAUAAAAUGCAAUCCAAGUCA